UCAAUGUUAAUAAAAAUGAAGGUAUUACAGUAGAUGUACUAUCACCAAAUAACAGUAUAAAAGGGUGAAGGGAAUCACACUUUGUACAGACAAAGGCUCACAAAUCAACAACUAAACAACAAGAAUAUUUUUAGCAGCAAAAGGACACAAUGUACACAGUCUUCAACACUGGAAUAAUUGCAGCACUCUUUGCUUGCGCUUUUGCAACCUAUUCACUACAAGUUCAAAAUGAAGUAGAGAAUAGUGCUCUCUCCUACAUACCUCUUAUUGACAAACUUCGUGGUCGGCCCGGUCGUGAUGGUAUGCCUGGAAGAGACGGGUUGCCAGGAGAACAAGGACCAAGGGGACCCGCAGGAAUCCAAGGACUUCCCGGACCGGUCUCAGCCGGAGUGACCUACAUCAGGUGGGGGAGAACCACAUGCCCUGAGGCACUAGGAACGGAACUAGUCUACUCAGGAAGAGCUGCUGGUACUGACCACUUACACAAGGGAGGGAGUGCAGAGAAAAUAUGCCUACCUAACAAUCCAGACUAUGUUUCAAGUCCAAACGGAGUGCAAGGAUAUAGCCCACUACAUGGAGCUGAGUACGAGUCCUUUCCCCCUGCACCUCUAGGUCACCUUGGGCAACAAAAUGUGCCCUGUGCAGUUUGCUAUGUGCCCACUAGAGCAGCCAUGAUCAUGAUUCCAGCCAAGACUCAGUGCCCCACCUCCUGGACGAUUGAGUAUGUCGGCUAUCUGAUGACCGAAUACUACAACUUCGCUCGUUCAGUGUUCUCCUGCAUUGACAAAGAUGCUCAGAGCAUUCCCGGCGGGGUUGGUAACGAGAAUGGAGCCUUGUUCUACCAUGUUGAGGCAACAUGCAAUGGCAUUCUCUGUCCUCCUUAUGACACAGAGAGAGAGCUGACAUGUGCAGUUUGCACCAAGUGAAACAAUCAUUGCAUGGCUAUUGAAUAAUUACUAUUACAUACAAGCUAGUACAUGCAUCAUUUUUUGCCCACGACAACAGUUGUUACUGCAAUCGCCAACAGCGCUGUCAUUAGGGUUAGGGUUACACAAACAUUCAGAACUUUUUCAAAAUUAAAUGUAACAGAAAGAUCGACUGACGAUGUGAAAUAUACUGUG